UCCUCGUUUUCGUUUCUCGUGCUGUGUGUCGGCCACGCAGGGGUCGUUUCACCCUUUUGUGACUCGUCGUGGAAACGUCACUUGGAGUGAGAAAAAGUUGGAAUAUUUUUGUUUUGGAAACGUCACUUGGAGUGAGGAAGUUGGAAUAUUUUUGUUUGGAAAACGUCAAACGCUUUCGCUGCCGGUUUUAAGCUGGCUCCCCAAGCCAAGGGGCUGCAGCGGCGCUGUCUGUCUGUCCUUUUUUCCCCACUAACAAUGUCUGUCGUUCCUUCACAAUGCAGCUCAUUUCAGCCAAACGCUGACAGAGGGGCAGAAGAUGAUCAUCUCCAGAGCUGGAAAAAAGGCAGGCAAAGAGAGAGGACAGAAAGCUCCCGCUGCUGCCGGGAUAACGUGCAAGCCUUGGUAGGCACCCAGGAAGCCACGCCGAAGGCCUUCAAGACGUGAGUCAGUAGAAAUUGAGGCUGCUCUGCUUCUGCGGUGCAGAUUUGGGCCUUUUUGGAGCCCACCGGUGUUGAGCUGAACCCUUUACACCCCCGUCAGGUGCAGGCAUGGAGCUCCUGUCUCGUGCUGAGGCUGCUGGCUCCCAGGGGUGCUGCGGCCUGGCUGCUCCUUGAGCGAGCAGCAGGAACGCUGCAUUCCUCGUGCGCUUACUAAUGCCGGCUGGACACGAGCUUGUCAGCUCCAGGGUGGGGCUUGGACCUUGGGCUGUUAAUCUCCACGCUUCAGACACUGGCUCUGGAAAGAGCCAUGAGGGUAAUGCUGGGAAGUUGGGAAAUUGUGCUGCACCCCAUUCGCCAGCAGCCGUGCCUGACCUUGCCAGAUGCGUUGGCUCUUACUCACGUCUCCCCAUGAGCCACGUGCCCUGGCUGUGACUCUUCCAGACCUGUUUUCUCCGAAAGCUCUGUGUGUCCUAAAUUUUUUUAGAAUCCUUUGUUGCUCUGGUAAGGUCUAGUGAGGAUGCUGUAGCGCCGGGGGCUGCUUGAGGCUUGGCCCUUCAUCUCUGCAUCACUUUGGAAAUACCAGUGGGUUCACUGAGGUCUUAUCACUGCCUUGUUCUCAUCUGCCAGGCCGUGGUGAGCUGCUGGGAGCUGGGUCCUGGUGUUGUCCCUUUCCAGUCGUUUCUCUGGGUCCCCAGAGAUGCAGCAGAGCUACUGGGGUGUCAUGUGAAGGAGAUGGGUUUGCCUUGACCCAGACUCCAGGCCUGCUGUUGACCUUAGCAAUAAAUGUGAAGCCUGGUGAGGCGUUAGCCUCAGGCCCUGCUUGCAGAAGUCGUUGGGCUACUGAAAACACAGCAGACUCUGGACCUAAUAAAGGUGAAGUUAAUACAUGGAGUCUUCAAGCUGUUGGGUGUUCCUUGCUUUUGGGAGGUGCUUUAAAUCUGACUGCCAGAGCUGUGGGCUGCUAAGAGCAGAAGCUGUCUGCACGAUGCUGAGCUCAGGUCUUUCUCCUCUUUUCCUGCUGCUCACGGCAUUGGAGCUGGGCUGGUCCCUGACUGAUGAAGAAAAGAGGAUCAUCCUGGAUGAGCACAACAAGUAUCGCUCGCAGGUCUCCCCUCCCGCUGUGGAUAUGCUGAAGAUGAGCUGGGACACAGAGCUGGAGGCCUUUGCCCAGGCCUAUGCAGAGAAGUGCAUCUGGGACCACAACAAGGAGAGGGGCCGACGGGGAGAAAACCUUUUUGCCAUGGCCCCAACGCUGGAUCUGGAAUUCGCUGUGGAGGACUGGAACGCAGAGGAGAAAUUCUACAACCUGACGACUUCCACGUGUGUCUCUGGGCAGAUGUGUGGCCACUACACCCAGGUGGUCUGGGCAAGCACGCACCGCAUUGGCUGUGGGUCAAAGUUUUGUGAGAAGAUUGAUGGCAUCGAAACAGAGGACAUGUACCUGCUUGUCUGCAACUAUUAUCCCCCGGGUAACAUGAAAGGCCGAAAGCCAUACAGGGAAGGACCCUCUUGUUCACAGUGUCCUGAGGACAGAGUUUGUGUCAACUCCUUGUGUGCAGAUGCCCUGGACACUGAAGAACUGGAGACAAACUCAGACGAGGAAGGCGAGGAGCAGCCCAUGGCUGGAGCUCCCAGUACCUGCUGGGGCCUUUUGCUCUUCCUCCUGCCUGGUGUCAUCCUGGUGGGCCUUCUGCUUUGAACAGUCUUUCUCAGCUGUCCCUGCACCAGUCACCAAGGCUUUCUUCAGCGUUGGUCGUCCCACCACCCUGGUAGGCUUGGGAGACGCCACGGACAAUUCAGGUUGACACAAUCUCUUCUUCCUCUGGCUCACCUGCUCCAGCCCUGCCAUGCCAAGGGCAACUGCCCAUUGCACGGGCGCUCAGUGCCCUUCCUGAGAUGGCCCAGGGGCAGGAGGGUGUCUGCCAUCACGCUAGUGAACUUGGGCACCAAUGCUUCUCCCUUCUUCCCAGCCAGCCUGGGCUUCUGCUCUGUUUCCAACAAGGAGAUGAUCAGCUCUCGUUGCCCUGUGCGGCCGGCAGGUCCCGCUGCACCGCGUCCCGGGGAAAGCAGGAUGCCCUGGAAAUGUCCCAAUGGCAAUGGGAUGUGGUGGUUGGUUUUGGUGUUUGUCUGGAGGCAAGGCACGGUUGUUGAGUCUGAUGCCUGUAUAUCAGGCUGGAUUUCUAACAGAAAUGCUCUCUUUCCCUCCUCGUGUGUCUGUCUGUCUCAGUUUUGGAGAAGUGUCACCUCUUCCUUCCUUGUCCAAAAGUGGCAUUUUUUUUCCACAGAAGAGGUUUGUGUUUCCUUCCCGUUUCUGGUAGAGCUAUGGCCAGUGUCUAGACGUACUCCUUUCUCCUCCUGCCACCUCUCUGCAGCCUUUGCCUUCUUCCUCCCUUCCGCUGCAUGAACCCAUCCAACAGUUACUCCGUUGUCGUGCCUUGAUUGUACGCGUGUGCCUGCACGUGUGUGCCCGCACAGAAGAAAAACCUUCAGCACUAGAGAAGAGUUACUGGCUCCUUCCUUCUGCAUGGCUUCCCUCUUUGCAGAACUUAAGCGUACGACGUAUGUGCAGUUAGAUACAGAUCCUGGUUGGUGCAUAUCUGUGGGUCCAGGAGGAAAAAUAAUCAGGUCUGCUGGUGCAGUUUCAGCUGGAAAGAGCCAAGUGAAUGACGUUAGAGGUUACCGCUGGUUCCAGGGCUUGUUGCAGGAUGGCUUUCAUUCUCUGGAGCACUGCGUUGUAUCCCUCCAUGUUUCUGCUCCGUUCAUCUGAAGAUUCCCAGUAGGGUGUGUUAAAUACGGGACAAGUUUGGCAGACCAGCAGAAGGGACGAGGAGAUCCGGUCUUUCUCUGGUUGUUGCAUCCUUGGGUUUCUUAAAUAGAUGAGGUGGAGAACGACCUUAAGUCCAAUAUCUGAGUCCUCCCCUGGAUGCUGUGUGCUGUGCAUCUCCGGAGCGUUCACUGAAUAAAUCCUGUUCUGAAAGCCU